CCCAUUAUAGUCAAUUCUCCAUUCUCCUUCAAGACUUGCAAGAAAGACACAGUGGUGCUAUCUCAAUUUCACAAAUUACUACACUUAGCAACUGAGUCAUAGAUUGAAGAAGAAGCAGCCUCUGAAAUACUAUGAAUUCUUUGAGUUGCAGAGCUCGUUCUUCUGGUUAUGGUGCCGCAACUUCCGCUUCUCUUGCCUUCUUCCAUGGCAGCCAAGGACAAGGUAAUAGCUUUUUUAAUACCCUUCUUCGUCUCCCUCUUUUUACUUUCUUCAUAUUCAGACAUUAUUCCCCGAAACGAACACCUACUACUACUUUAAUUGAUUUUGAUAAUGAUCGUGAAUUGUUUCUUCAAUCUGUUAGAGAACAAUCAGAAUUAGGGUUUUCUGAUCUUAAAUUUCCCCUUUCUCUCUUCAAUCAAAUGAUUAAAUUGCGCCCUCUUCCUUCUGUCAUUUAUUUCAAUCAGCUAUUCACUGCAAUUGUCAAAUUGAAGCGCUUAAACCCACAUUCCACCGUUAUUUCUCUCUCCAGGCAGCUUGAAUCGUAUGGUAUUAAACCCAAUAUGCAUUCUAUUGGUAUUCUUGCCAAUUGCUACUGUCAUUUGGGUCGUAUUGAUUUGGGUUUCUCUCUCCUGGGUAAAAGACUUAAGCUUGGGUAUCCCCUUAAUGCUGUCAUUUUUACUACCUUAAUCAAUGGCUAUAUCCAUUGUGAUAAGCUACCCCAAGCUGCUCAGUUGUUAGAUAAAAUAGUUAAGCUUGGUUUACAACCUGACAUUGUUAUCUAUAGUACUGUUGUCAAGGGGCUUUGUAGGAUUGGUAAUAAUGCGUCUGCUCUCAAAUUUCUGAGAAAAAUGCAAUCUGGAUGUCGUUGUAAGCCUGACAUUGUUAUAUACAACACUAUUAUCGAUAGUCUUUGUAAGGACAGGCUGUUAGAAGAGGCCCUGCACCUUUUCUCCUCUAUGAAAACUGAGGGCAUUAAGCCCAAUGUUGUCACUUAUACUUCCUUGGUUCGAGGCCUCUACAAUUCUGGCUUUGGGGAAGAGGCUAAGCGUGUGUUAACCGAAAUGUUAGAGAGCAACAUAGCACCAAAUGUUAAGACCUACAACAUGCUGGUUGACGUGUUUUGUAAAGAUGGUUGUGUUGAUCAAGCACAGUCCAUUCUAAAGCACAUGAUUGAGAAAGGUGUGACUCCGGACAUCAUUACUUACAAUGCAUUGCUUGAUGGUUAUUGCUUGCGUGGUCAGAUGGAAGAUGCAGAGAACCUACUUGAUCUCAUGGCUGAAAAUGGUUGGGAGCCUGACCUCGUAAGUUUCAGCACUAUGAUUAAUGGAUAUUGCAAGGCUAAAAACAUUGGCAAGUCCCUAAACAUUUUCCAAGAGAUGUUUAGGAAAGGGAUAACCCCUGAUGUUGUUACCUAUACCACUCUUAUCGAUGGACUAUGCAAAGCCAAUAGACUCCCACUUGUCCAUAAGCUGUUCAAGGAAAUGCGGUCUCAUGGAAUUGCUCCUAAUGCCUUCACCUAUGGUGCCUUGCUUGACUGCCUUUGCAAAACUGCACAGCUUGAUGAGGCAGUGAUAUUGCUUGAAGAAAUGGAGGAUAAUGGUGUUAAGCCAAAUGUUGCCAUCUACAAUAUCCUGAUGAAUAGCUUGUGUGAGGCUGGACAACUUGAAGAUGCAGCAAAUUUCUUCUCCGAUCUCGUAUCAAAGGGUCUUCAACCUAAUAUUAGAACGUACAAUAUAAUGAUCAAAGGCUUCUGCAAGAAAGGGCUCAUGAGUGAAGUUGGUCACGUUUUGAGAAUAAUGGAGGAAGAUGGUUGCCCCCCUGAUGAUCGAACCUAUAAUAUUAUCAUCAGAGGAUAUAUUCUCAAUAAUGACUUGUCAAAUGCAUUUUACUAUUGUGAUAUUAUGACUGGCAAGAAAUUUGAAGCUGAUGCAGACACUUUUUCAUUAAUUGUUGGCCUCUUGUCUUCGGGUAACUUAAGUGAUUCGUCAAAGGACUUGCUUCGGAAGUUUAUCAGAAGGGAGGAGGGAAGAAGUAGAGAAAAAAGAAGGCGACUUAGAAAUACUAUGAAUUGCAGAGCUCGUUCUUCUGGUUAUGGUGCAGCAACUUCCGCUUCUUUUGCUUUCUUCCAUGGCAGCAAAGGUAAUACCUAUUUUCAUACCCUUCUUCGUCUUCCUCUUUAUUCUUUCUUCAAUUUCCACCAUUAUUUCCCCAGUAAUACUCCUGCUACUACUUUAAUUGAUUCUAAUAAUGAUCGUGAAUUGUUACUUCAAUCUGUUAGAGAACAAUCAGAAUUAGGGUUUUCUGAUCUCAAUUUUCCCCUUUCACUCUUCAAUCAAAUGAUUAAUUUGCGCCCUCGUCCUUCUGUCAUUUAUUUCAAUCAGCUAUUCACUGCAAUUGUCAAAUUGAAGCGCUUAAACCCAUAUUCCACCGUUAUUUCUCUCUCCAGGCAGCUUGAAUCGUAUGGUAUUAAACCCAAUAUGCAUUCUAUUGGUAUUCUUGCCAAUUGCUACUGUCAUUUGGGUCGUAUUGAUUUGGGUUUCUCUCUCCUGGGUAAAAGACUUAAGCUUGGGUAUCCCCUUAAUGCUGUCAUUUUUACUACCUUAAUCAAUGGCUAUAUCCAUUGUGAUAAGCUACCCCAAGCUGCUCAGUUGUUAGAUAAAAUAGUUAAGCUUGGUUUACAACCUGACAUUGUUAUCUAUAGUACUGUUGUCAAGGGGCUUUGUAGGAUUGGUAAUAAUGCGUCUGCUCUCAAAUUUCUGAGAAAAAUGCAAUCUGGAUGUCGUUGUAAGCCUGACAUUGUUAUAUACAACACUAUUAUCGAUAGUCUUUGUAAGGACAGGCUGUUAGAAGAGGCCCUGCACCUUUUCUCCUCUAUGAAAACUGAGGGCAUUAAGCCCAAUGUUGUCACUUAUACUUCCUUGGUUCGAGGCCUCUACAAUUCUGGCUUUGGGGAAGAGGCUAAGCGUGUGUUAACCGAAAUGUUAGAGAGCAACAUAGCACCAAAUGUUAAGACCUACAACAUGCUGGUUGACGUGUUUUGUAAAGAUGGUUGUGUUGAUCAAGCACAGUCCAUUCUAAAGCACAUGAUUGAGAAAGGUGUGACUCCGGACAUCAUUACUUACAAUGCAUUGCUUGAUGGUUAUUGCUUGCGUGGUCAGAUGGAAGAUGCAGAGAACCUACUUGAUCUCAUGGCUGAAAAUGGUUGGGAGCCUGACCUCGUAAGUUUCAGCACUAUGAUUAAUGGAUAUUGCAAGGCUAAAAACAUUGGCAAGUCCCUAAACAUUUUCCAAGAGAUGUUUAGGAAAGGGAUAACCCCUGAUGUUGUUACCUAUACCACUCUUAUCGAUGGACUAUGCAAAGCCAAUAGACUCCCACUUGUCCAUAAGCUGUUCAAGGAAAUGCGGUCUCAUGGAAUUGCUCCUAAUGCCUUCACCUAUGGUGCCUUGCUUGACUGCCUUUGCAAAACUGCACAGCUUGAUGAGGCAGUGAUAUUGCUUGAAGAAAUGGAGGAUAAUGGUGUUAAGCCAAAUGUUGCCAUCUACAAUAUCCUGAUGAAUAGCUUGUGUGAGGCUGGACAACUUGAAGAUGCAGCAAAUUUCUUCUCCGAUCUCGUAUCAAAGGGUCUUCAACCUAAUAUUAGAACGUACAAUAUAAUGAUCAAAGGCUUCUGCAAGAAAGGGCUCAUGAGUGAAGUUGGUCACGUUUUGAGAAUAAUGGAGGAAGAUGGUUGCCCCCCUGAUGAUCGAACCUAUAAUAUUAUCAUCAGAGGAUAUAUUCUCAAUAAUGACUUGUCAAAUGCAUUUUACUAUUGUGAUAUUAUGACUGGCAAGAAAUUUGAAGCUGAUGCAGACACUUUUUCAUUAAUUGUUGGCCUCUUGUCUUCGGGUAACUUAAGUGAUUCGUCAAAGGACUUGCUUCGGAAGUUUAUCAGUUGA